UACCACCAUAACCCGCUGCCGUACGACCCUCGUCUCACCCUUCUCCCCCGCGAACUUCUCAUCGGCGCGCGCGUCUUGGAUAUAGGGUGCAACGAGGGGUGGGUAUCAUGCGAGCUUGCGCAGUCAUGGGCCGCACAGCAUGUUGUAGGCGUCGAUAUAGACGAGACUCUGGUCCGAAUGGCUUGGAAACGACGUCGGGCCGUUUGGAGCUUGCAAGCACCUGUCGAUUCUCCCCGCUCAAAUCCCGCAACUCCCUCGACCGUGCUUCCCACAUCGAAUAAACGUCCACGUGAAGCCCUCCCAGCCUCGCUAUCGACGGCUCCUCCCGAUCCUAACUAUUUCCCUGCCUCAUGCCAACUUAUGUUUGGACAGCUGCCAAUUCUGCCGUCCGAUAUCUCUGGAGAUACAGGCACCUUUCCUCAUAAUAUCUCGUUCAGAUGCGCCGAUUGGGUCCACGAGGUAAUCCCUGAGGAUGUGGAAGGCUACGAUGUUGUUCUGGGGCUUUCCGUGUCGAAAUGGAUACAUCUGAACGGCGGCGAUUCAGGCCUCCGACGCUUCUUCCAUCGAGUCUAUGAUGCAUUAAGACCUGGAGGGACAUUUGUCUUUGAGCCACAACAAUGGGAUUCGUACACAAAAGCGCGCAAGCUUGAUCCAGUACAAAAUGCGAAAAAUCUCAAGAUCCAACCUGCUGAUUUUGAGCGCUUGUUGAAAGAAAUCGGGUUCGUAUCCAUGAAACGUCUGGGCGUUGCUGGAGAAGGC